AUGGCUCCAGUGAUCGGAUUGUCACACAUCACAAAUCCGCUUGCAACACCCGAUCAAUUACAAACAACAGCCUCUCAGCUCGACAGAAUUCCCGCUGAUUUGGAAAUAUCGAUAAAAUUCGAAGGUUCAAGGCUGAUUCAAGCCGCUGGCAUUCUGCUGUACCUUCCUCAAGAACUUAUCGCAGAAGCCAUCAUCGUCUUUUCCAGAUUCUGGCUAGGCCCUGAUGGUGGAAGCUUAGCUGAAUAUGCUGCCAAGGAUGUCAUUGCCGCCUCGCUAUAUUUGGUCACUAAGCCUUCCGCACACCCAGUAAGCCCUAGACGACUACUGAGCGUUCUAGCAUACCUCAAUAAAGUUCGACCAUCACUCGAUCUCGAGUCAGCCAGUCAAAUUACCCCUGAGGCGUGCUUCCUAUCAGAAGGCACAUAUCAGGAUGGCCGACUAGCACUUAUCCACACAGAGGCGCAGAUGCUUCGGAUUCUAGGCUAUCAAACCCAUGUGUCUCUCCCGUACGCGAUCUGCAUCAACUACUUGCAAGCAUUGGAUGUAUUUACGACAUCCGAGAAUGGACAAGCUUUAGCGAAAAGAGCAUUUGCACAUCUCAAUUCAGCUCUUUUCAGCCCACAACUUCUCUACUUGACACAUCAGCCUCCAUCCCUCGCUACGGCGGCUAUCUACCUUGCCGCCAAGGAGAUAGGAGUCAAGCUUCCUGGUGAGGAGUGGUGGGAAGUCUUUGAUGUCGACAGAGAAGAGCUUGGCUUUUUGGUUGUAGCAUUGGUCUCUAUGGAAGGGUUUAUCGCAGAAGAGGUACAGAAAUGGGACAAGGCUCAGGUCCCGCUGACGCUUGAAGACACCCAAGCCUGGAUAGAUCGUGAGGCACGGGUCUAA